AUGGUGAAAAAUGCCAUAAAAGUGUACGCUCGAGUGAAGCCCGAGAAGAACAGGAAGAACGUGCUGAAUUACCAAAUCCAUCACCGUCCCAAAGAAAACGUGGAGGAAGAUUUCCUGUUUUUGGUAACACCGAGCCAAAAAACGAAAGAGUACCCCGACAACCGAGCGGAGUCAUGGAAUUUCUCUUUCUAUCGGAUAUUCGAGGAAUCCACUACGCAGGAGGACGUGUUCAAGACCGUUGCUCAACCCGUGGUGGAAAGUGCCCUCGAUGGCUACAACGGUACCAUCUUUGCUUAUGGACAGACAGCAAGUGGAAAGACAUAUUCCAUAACCGGAAGACGUGAGAGCGUCGAGCAGCUCGGAAUCUUACCCAGAACCCUACUGCACCUCUUCGAGGCGAUAGAAAAGCGCCCAGAAAACGUCUACUCGGUCGAGGUGGCUUAUCUGGAGAUUUACAACGAGAAUGGCUACGACCUGUUGGAUCGGAAGCUGCGAGAGGUUACGAGAUUGGAGGAUUUACCACGAGUAGUUGUCCAGGAAGACGAAAUUGGUCGACUACACCUGAAGAAUCUGACCUUCCACUGCGUUGCAAGCGCGGAGGACGCUUUCGAGCUGCUCGCAGUGGGCGACGGCAAUCGGGUCACUGUGGAGACUCCGAUGAAUCCAGAGUCAUCGAGAUCGCACUGCGUCUUUACCAUCGUAGUCUGCACGAAGGAGUUCGGAGCCGACGAGUAUAAGCGAGCGAAAAUACACCUGGUAGACCUUGCUGGGUCCGAGCGAGUCUACAAAUGCUCGAUAAGCGGCACCAUUCUAACCGAGGCGAAGCACAUUAACCUGAGCCUACAUUACCUGGAACAAGUCAUAGUGUGUCUGGGUCAGGAGAGCGCGGGUCACAUUCCAUACAGGAACUCGCUUUUGACAUCGAUUCUCAGAGACAGUCUAGGAGGAAACUGUUUAACCACAAUGUUAGCCACCAUGAGCAUCGCCUCCUUCAAUCUAGAGGAGACCCUGUCCACCUGUAGAUUCGCCCAAAGGGUAGCUCUCAUCAGAAACGACGUGAAACUGGUCCUAGAAAAAGACGUCAACAGCGAGAACGCCUUACUAAAACUAGAAAACGAGAAGCUCAGACGACAGAUUAAGGAAAUGACGAAGAACACAGAGCUCACCGCUGAAGAUAAGCGAAAUCUUGACUCGCAGAUCAGAAACUUUUUAGAAGCGGACGGGCAAGUUGAAGUGGGAAACAAUGUCAAGAAAAUUGAGUAUUGUUUCGAGAGUUUUAGGAGGGUCUUCAAGUUGAAUAAAGAUAAGAACGGUUGCUUGAAGAAGCUGGAGUAUUAUAAGGAUCUGGUUAUUCAGAGGGACAAGGAAAUUUCUUUGCUGAUUGAUUUGAUGAAGAAAGGAAAAGAAGAUUCGACAGAAAAAAAUUUGGAAAACCUAAAACCUGUUCCUAAAACAGUUCAGACGACAGACAGUUCAGACAUCGACGUUGAUAAAAUUAAAUUAAACCUAGAGUGCAAUGGACUUAACAACCCCCCAUCAGAAACCAGCAAAAUUGCAAUCGAUAAAUUUCUGACCGCUAUUCCAAAGAAACCGAGGCCCAAAAUUAAAUUGCCAAAAUGUUUGGAUCAAAAUAUUGAUACGAAUGUUAGAACUGCUGAUUCUGAUCAGAUUACUAUCAGAUCAAUUUGUAAUGAUAUCUCGAGACCGAAUUUACCUUGCAACGUUAUCAACUUGACUCUGAAUUCAACCGACGAACCGAGUCAGCAAUCCUUCCGCAAAAAGGAACGGGAGAAAGCGAGGAGGGAAAUUGAGGCUCCCAAAAAGAAGUCCGAAGUGAAGCAAAGUGUGGAGCCGAGUCGGAGCAACGAUUCGGAAGAGAGAAUAGAAAAUUUAGAUACAGAUAUACCGUUGCAUCAACGAUUUUUUAAUUUGAAAGGUUCCAUGACUGAAAAUUUGAGUGGAAGGAAGUUCGAGAAAGGGAAGAGGGAAGUUGAGGGGCUCAGAAAGAAGUCCGAAGUGAAGCAAAGUAUGGAAUCGAGUGGAAGUACUAUUUCUUCGGAGUCGAAAGAAGGAACAGAAAUUUUGGAUACCGACACACCGUUCUAUCAAAAAUUCUUAAAUUUCAACGUUCCCAAAAUCUCAAAUGCUUCCAUGGUUGAAAAUUUGAGUGGAAGGAAGUGUGAGAAAGAGAAGAAGGAAAUUGAGGGUCUUAGAAAGAAGUCCGAAGUGAAGCAAAGUACAGAACCGAGUAGAACUCCCAUCUCUUCCGAGUCGAAAGAGAGAACAGAAAUUUUGGAUACCGACGCACCGUUCUAUCAAAGAUUUUUAAACUCGAACGCAUCCAAACCUUCCAUGACUGAAAAUUUGGCGGGAAGAAAGUCUGAGAGCGCGAAGAAAGAAAUUGAGGCUCCCAAAAAGAAAUUCGAAGGGAAGCAAAAUACAGAACCGAGUGAAACUCCCAUCUCCUCCGAAUUGGAAAAGAAAACAGAAAUUUUGGCUACCGACACACGGUUCUAUCAAAAAUUCUUAAACUUCAACGUCCCCAAAAUCUCCAGUCCCUCCAUAACCCAAAAUUUGACCGAAAGAAAGUCACAAAGUGCACCUAAAAUAGAAUCCACAGAUUGUAAACUAUCUCGAAUAAAUUCCCAACAGGAUUACAAGAUAAAUCCCAACGAAGAUAGCAUUGACUUAAAAUUUUUAGAAAGACCCGAUAGAAGGAGAGAAAACGUAGAUAUCGAUCAUGUAACUCACACAAAAGUCGGUAGCAAUUUACGAGAUAUCGGUUUACCACAUAGAAACGAGGUGGAAAAUGAGGCAAAAGAAAGUCACUCGAGAAUGUGUUCCUCUGAUAAGAUAGACAGAAAAACGAGCGAAAAGAGAACUAGUAUUUCCAGUUUCAAUACAGAAAAAUGCGAGCGGACGAAAAUUAUGAAGGAAGUCAAUGAAGCUGCGAAUUACGAGAAAUGUUUUACAGAUUCGUUGCCUUUAACUGGUGAUCCAGAGAUCGAUGAGGAGAUUAUUGCUUUUUAUAAGGCGAAACGGUCUGGGGGUACUUAUUGA